UUCAGCACAGGUGUGCUUUUUUUUUUUACUUAAGUCUGUAGCCAAACUGCGCAGUAAACACAUUUAACACCUAGUAAAACAAAUGAGAUAAAGUGUGCAGCGUUAUUGUGAUCAAGCUUCUCUGAGACAAUAUGGUGGCAGUCAGGGGUUUAACCCGGGCCGUCGUUUCCUCCUGUUCCAGCACAUCGGCGUGGAUCAAAAGAAACCUUAGAGGAAAUACAACGAAAAUGCUUCAAAAAGAACGCAAAACGCAGGCAGUUUCAGAUGGGGAGUUGAACAUGUCGAGGUUGUCUGGGACGGGCAGCAGUCCUAGUCUAAGUACCAGUUCUGCUGGAGGAGAAGCUCCUGGCGAAGUAGAUGGUCUAGCCAGCAGGGUGGUCAGCUGGGCUGUGUGCUUCGAACGCCUGAUGGAGGACCCAGUCGGAGUGCGCUACUUUACUGCUUUUCUUAAUUCGGAGGUGAGUGCUGAGAAUAUCCUCUUCUGGCAGGCCUGUGAGAAGUUCCAGAAAAUUCCACCUACUAAUGUGGAUGAGUUGAAAAAGCAAGCUCGAUCCAUUUUUGAUCUCUAUAUAUCGGAGAGUUCCUUCAACGCUGUGAACAUAGACGACACGGCACGCAUUAACGAGCGUGACCUGGAGAAACCGACAACAGAAAUGUUUAGCAAAGCCCAGCAACAGAUCUAUAAGCUGAUGAAGUUUGAUAGUUACGCACGAUUCGUGCGGUCUCCACUCUACCAAAACUGCAUGCUGGCCAGCGUAGAGGGACGACCCCUGCCUGACCUUGAACCUCAAAAUAAGUCUGUCACUCCAAACAGUGGCAGAAAGACCACAAAUGUGAAAACGCCAUCGUCUGACAGCAAAGCCACCAAAAACAAGAAGAUCGAGAAGAGAGGAUCAUGGGGAGUAGACUUGUCUUACCGGCAGGUCACUGUGUCGCGGCAGGAGUCUCAGAUUUCCGUGAAAUCCAGCAGCAGUGUGGAGUUGGGGUCACUAGCCAACAAAUCAGAUGAUGGGUGUCUUUCUGGUCCAGAGCCGAACUCGUCAGGUCGAGCGGAUAAGUACUGCUGUGUGUUUCUGCCCGAUGGCACUGCGAGCCUUGCGCCGGCUCGAGCCGGUAUGACUCUGCGGGACAUGCUCAGCGGCCUGUGUGAGAAAAGAGGCUUCCCCAUGAAAGACAUCGUUAUCUACCUCCAGGGCAAGGAUAAGAAUGUGUGUCAGAGGCAACAGCCUCUCUCCUUGGACCAGGACAGUUCUGUCCUGCAGGAUCAGCAGGUCACUCUGGAACUCAGAAUAACAUUUACGUUGGAGAUAGUGUUCACAGGAAAGACUAUAGUCAUCAUGGCCAAAUCAAGUAAGACCCUAGCAGACGCAGUGUCAUCUGUCCUACAGAAACAGCAGCUUCGACAACAGGAUGCCAUCAUCACCCUGAGUGGAUCGAAUGAGCCCUUAAACAUGGACACCACUGUGUUACGUCUCAGCAACAAGACACUCUGUCUGGACAAAGUCAAAAAUGGAGCAGGAGGAGGUGGGGGUGAUGUAAAGCCAAGUCCAGCUGUAGACAGAGUCCGAAUAAGUACCAAGCCCAGAAAUGAGAUGGAUGGUCUGGUGGAGAUGCUGACCCGUGUGCAGUGCAGCCGUGCGGACGACCAGCGUGGCUUAUUAACCAAAGAACAACUGGAGCUGCCAAAGUUCUUGCAGAUUCCUGCUCAGCAGUAUGACCGAAAGAGUAAAGAAGAGAAUCCUGAGAAGGUACAGGAGAGAUGCUCAAACAGUCACAUGAAACCUGCGGAAAAAGCAGUGAAUCAUGAAGAGAUGCUGCGUAUUAAUGGAAAUCAUAAAGACUCUAACGUAGAGAAGAACAAAACGGGUGCGGCCAAAGGGACGUCGCAUUGAGACGAUUGCGUGUGUGUGUGUGUAUGGAUGUUGAAUGUGUGGACCAGACUUCAUAUUAUUAUUUUGUAAAUACUUUAAAACAGUGAUGCUGUAUUCUUUAUGAAAAGGCAAAACAGAAGCCAGGCAGUGCAGAGAUGUGAGAUUUCUGUAUUUUGUAUUUAUUUUGUCCUUUUAGCAUUACAAUCAAGCAUGCUCAUUAUAUAUUUAUUUAGUAUCAUUUGAUGCACUUGCACAUGCUUUAUGUGAAAUUUUUAUUCACUCAUGUUUUUUUUUUUUUUUCUUCACUUGGAUGAAUUUGUUAAAAAAAAAAAAAAAGGAAUUGUGUCUUUUGUUUAAGUUUUGUGAUUUUGUUCUCUGCACUGUUUGCUCAUAGCUUUUCAGAUCUAAUACAGUCUGAUACUGGACGAUAAGCUGUGAACAAUCUCCUUGUCUAAUUUAUAACAUAUUAGUUAUAAAUAGUUAUAACAUGAUCACUUAGUGAUAUACAGAGGUGUCCAAACCUUAAAAAUUCAAGGUACCUUGUAUAAAGUGUACUAGAAUUUUAAACACUCAAGUAAAAAGUGAAUGGUUUGAAAUCAUCUACAUGACUACACAGUAUUUUCCACUGUACAGUAAGUGGCCUCAAAUUUGUGAAGUAGCUUAUAGUGAUGAUUAAGUACAGACGGAAAUACUAUCAGAGCAGCUGUUUUCCCCGACCAAUCAGAAGCGAGAAUGCAACGCUUGCUAGUUCAAAUAGAAUGAAUAAAGUGUUUCUACUAUUUGCUACUA